CAGAAGGGGGCGGCAGCAGUAGUUGUUUUUGUAUCAAUAUCACAUUACAUGCGGAUGAAGUGUGAACGAACAAUCAAACGUUCCUCCGUCAAACUGAGCCUUAACCUUCAGUUUGAAAACCAGUGUCAAAACAAGGUUUUCACAUCACUGACCAAGCACAAGAGGCGAUGGAUGGGCCUGUAGAUGGCAUCAAGCUCAUUCGGAGACACAAGACAGAGCUACUGGAGGCUCUGACAGGAGAUCCAGAUAUUCUGCUUCAGCACUGCCAUGCCAGCGGCAUACUCUCCAACAAUGAGUACAACAACAUCAAAGACACGAACAUGCGUUCAAAACAGGUACGGGACAUCUUGGAUUAUGUGAUUCACAAAGACAACAAGCAUGCUCUGAACUUCCUGAAGUUGCUGAAAACGCAAGACAUGCAAGAGACAUUUCCUAAACUGCAUUUCCUUCAAAAACUGCAAAUCAACAAACGCAAGACACCAAAAAACACAGAGACGACAGCAAAACGACGACAGGAAAUAGAAAACGAGCCACUGCACUCCAGGAUGGUGAGCGAGAAGGAGAUGAUGAUGGUGGCCGGAUGCAUUGGGAACAGCUGGAGGGAGGUGGGCAUUAUGGCACUGGGUAUGAACACCACCACUCUUCAGCAGAUAGAGGAGGACAACAGCCAACACAGAAUGCGGGUUUUCACCAUGCUGCGAAAAUGGAGCAUGCGUGAGAGGGAACAAGCCACGGCAGCUCGUCUCCAUACCCUAAAAACCAAUUCAGCAUGGGUUCCCUCAAGAUUUCACAUGUUUUUAAAAAAAUGGUGA